UUUAAAGAAAAAAGUUUAAUAAAAUCCUUUUAGAUAAACUUUUAAAUAAUUUUAUUAAAUAGUUUAUGACUUAUCAAAAAAGGUUUAAUAUAGAAGUGAAAAAUAUUAUGUGUUGUAGAAACAUGAUAUUAGUCCACAAAAUUAGGAUUUUGAUGUAUUAUUUGACUUGUGACUAUAGUUGAAAACAAAAAAUUGUCUCAAAAGGAGUUGACCAUUCCUUCGUCUACGUUUCUUGAAGCGGCGUCGUUUUGAGGCUUUGUAAACAAUGAUGAGCAGCUUCCACUGCCUAGCUCUUUCCACUUACAACGACGCCGUUGUGAUCUCGCGGUUUCGGAAUCGAUGGUGCUUAGGAUGCCACGUGUAAUAAUAAGUAGAUAGAGUAAGUCCACGGCUCAUUGACCUUUCUGACCCUGGGUGUUCGACUCACCUCCAGCCAAGCAUCAGCCGGCCCAAGAUUCUCCACUAACUCAUUACGUGGUCACACCUCCAGCCGUCAAAUUCCCCGUCCCUACUACGCAUCGGACGUCCCAGGAUCACCCACGUGAACCAUGCUUAUCGACAAACAAACGGUCCUAAACCAACCACGUGUCGCACCCGAUGCCAUAUUACUUCGACGAUCCAACGGACCCAACACCUCCUCCUCUGCAACCACGCUUCUCUUCACCGGAGUGACGUUUUUCCGGCCAGUCCCUGCAAAACCCACGUUAUACCCUGGUUUCCUCCUCCGAUUGGCUCAAUUCGCGACCCUCAAGUCAUGAUUUCUUGAUAAACGAAGUAGGUGAAGAUCGAAAUUCAUGGCGGAUUCAGACAACGACUCGGGUGGGCACAACAACAGCAACGCCAACAGCGAGCUGUCGGCGAGAGAGCAAGACCGAUUCCUGCCGAUCGCAAACGUGAGCCGGAUCAUGAAGAAGGCGCUGCCGGCAAACGCGAAGAUCUCCAAAGAUGCUAAAGAGACGGUGCAGGAGUGCGUGUCGGAGUUCAUCAGCUUCAUCACUGGAGAGGCCUCCGACAAGUGUCAGCGAGAGAAGCGGAAGACGAUCAACGGCGACGACUUGCUGUGGGCGAUGACGACUCUGGGGUUCGAGGAGUAUGUGGAGCCCCUAAAGAUAUACCUGCAAAAGUACAGGGAGAUGGAGGGCGAGAAGAGCUCCUUGGGAGGGAGGCCCGGCGAGAAGGACGGCUCCGGCGGGGGCGGAGCAGCUGCGGGAGGUGGGGGCGCGAUGAGCUCCGGCAGCAGUGGGGGUUUCAAUGGGGGUGGGAUGUACGGUGGGAUGAUGAUGAUGGGGCAUCAUCAGGGACAGGCUUACGGCUCGGGUUCGUUUCAUCACAUGAGCAGCUCGGGCAGCGGUGGCGGCGGGGGCGGAGGAGUGGGUAAGAACAACACCGGCAGUUCGAGCGGCGGCGGUGGCGGGGUGGCGUCAACGGUGAGGUCAAGGUAGGUAAAAGCUAGUUAGGUUAGGUGGUUGAUGAAAAGUGACUACUUUCUAGGGUUCUAAUUGAAUUUUCAAUUUUUUUUUAACUUUUUUUUUUUUGGGGUGGUGGGGAGGAGUUGAUGACUUAUGUUAUAAUAUGUAAGUGUAAUUGUGGGAAUUAAAAGAGAUAAAUGCAAUGCAAAUAGUCUGUAUCUGUAACCUCUAAUCAUAAACUUCUAAUUGAGGAUGAUAUUUGAGAA